GUGAGCCCUAUAUCCUGAUCAGGUAAACGGAGUUAUCCGUAGUCAAAAUCAGUGUGCCAUGAAUGUCUAAUGUGUUUACAAGAUUUCACAUAUAAAUUAAGGUUAUACAUUAUCACAGAAGCUCAUUUUAGAGAGUUUAUUAUUUGUUUUGUAAACAAAGAUUGCGGUAUGUUAUUGUUAACGAAAUUUCAAAAGAAAUAUAAUGUAUAUUGAUCUAAGUUUAUUGAUUGAUUGAACAUCGUUUAACGACCCGCUUGAGAAUCUUUCACUCAUAUGGAGACGUCACCAUUACCGGUGAAGGGCUACAAAAUUUGGGCAUGUGCUCGGCGCUUACGGCCUUUGAGCAGGGAGGGAUCUUCAUCGUGCUGUGACACGGGGCCUCGGUUUUUGCGGUCUCAUCCGAAGGACCGCCCCAUUUAGUCGUCUCUUACAACAAGCAAGGGGUACUGAGGCAAUCUCUACCCAGAGUUGUCGUUCCUUGCUCUCACUUACACCUCUGUCAACGUCUCAAGGAUUUUACAAGAUUUUUGUAAAAUGGCACGUAUGCUCAAAUAAAGUAUGGUUUUGACUUCAGUUACAAAAAUAUACGUAAAUAAAUAAAUAUUGAGCAGAUGUCAAGUCUUUUUGUGAUACAAGAAGCAUUGAUUUGGGUUGAAACGUGGAUAUUGGGUAGUUCUAUUGCACCAGGCCUAUACAUAGGUACAUGAAGAAUAUAUAGUAAUGGAAAAAAAUCUACAACUAGUUGCUUGUUCUACAUUUUCCCGAUAUUUUAUAAAAUAGUUCUUAGUUUUAUUAGCCGUAAAAAACGUGGAUUUACAUGUGGAAUAACAUUGCUUAUUUUGAGACGUUAACAGAGGUGCAAGUGAGUGUAAGGAACGAUAACUCUGGGUAGAGAUUGGGUACUGAGGACUUAUUCUAACCGCGAGGAUGGAUUCUAAGUUUAUUAUACCUUUCACAUUUCAAGUAUUUUUGGGGUAAAUUGUGGCAUUUAAAAGUUAAAAUUUGUAACUUUGUAAACUUAAGAUGCUUUGAUUUACAAAAUUAAUGUUUCACUGGUUUGUUCGUUUACAUCAAUAGACUCGAGUCUCUGUUUACAUCACACAGAUUUAAGGCUAAAAUAUUGCUUUUAUUCGUGCGUUCAGAUGGUCAAAAGUGUGGCUGUCAACAUUACAUCAGUUAUAUUUUUAAUGUUUAACAUAAAAAAAAGGAAAAAUCGUGAACCAGUCCCUUUAAGUGUUUCUAAAGUAAACUUACAACUCAACUUUACGAAAUCCGGGAUUAUUUCAGCUUUUCCAUUGUCAACUCCCCAUAUUUAUGUAGCAAUAUUCCAUUAUCACAUAUGUCGUUUAUGCUUGUGCUUGCGUAUGAUCAUUUUUAAAUGGAAGCAGGCUACUGACAAAUAAGAUGAUGUUACAGGGGUCUCAACAGUCCCAUUUAAAGUCAGCAUUUCGCAAAAUCUAUGGUCGUUAUAACGAUCUAAUUUACCAAUAAAAAUCUGUUAUUGGGCCAAUUGUUGUCUAAAAUGUAUCAUGCCAAUUGAGGCAGUAUUUUGCAUUCCUAUUUUGACUAUGGAGUACUCCAUUUACCCAUCAAGAUAUGUGGCUCAGGGUGGGUGUGACUUGUUGAUAGGGGUAUUUAGGGGUACUUACUCCUCCUAAGCACCUGACCCCAUCUCUGGUAUGUCCAGGGGUCCGUGUUUACCCAGCUGUCUAUCUGUAUUGUUUAUACGAGAUUGGCUACUGUUCCUCACCUUUCAUAUACGAACUAAUAUACACCACAUAGGCACGUCUUGCUCAGGUUUUUCUUCAAAGGGAAGUCGUUCUGAUUAACAGUUUCAAAAAACAUACAUUACUCACUAGUCGUUUUAAAAUGUCUACAUAUCAUCUUCUUUGAAUGUAGGACUAAGCUCUAUUAUGUAAUGUGGCAUAGAAAUAUAAAUCUCUCUCAUGUAUGGAGUAAUUAUCGAAAUAUAAUAAGUGUGAAUUUGAUAUUCAAAUUAAGUUAAUGUGUUUGCAUAUCGGUAUUCGGAGUUCAUAGUUACACCGCAUCUAUCUAAACACUUGAUGCAGGUAAAUAUCCUGGUCAUUUUAACUAAUAAUGAGCAUAGUCAAUAGCAUGGUGCGUUACCACCUUUCAAAGAAUUCAACGAAUACUUAACGAUUUUGAUUCUUUUUAAAAUACUCCAAGCCAACUGGCUCAUCAUGUUAAUCACACCUACCAUACAAGGACAGAGAGACAAGUAUUGAACAAUGACAACUGUUUGCCAACAAUCAUUGCAUAGAAUACUUACUCUCAUAAGCAAAUUUUUCUUUAUAAGUAUAAACACAUUGUACAAAAAGAUUAUUCAAAUAUUCUGUGUACUUACUUCGAAUGUACCUAGUUUAACACAAUAAAUCCUUGAUUUACAGUUCUCCAACAGUAUCAUAAAAAGAUCAUUUAAAUUAAAACGAUAGAACAGUGUUUACUAAACUUUUGAGAUCUCUCAGUCUUACUAUGUAAAUUCUCUUCAAUGUCUAGUUCAUAUAAUUAGAAACUCUAAAAUUUUAUUUUUCAUCAAUGUGUAUCGCUGUGAAAAUCCAUAUCACUUAUUGUUCUUGUUGAUCUAUAGAUAUAUUCAUGAAGCAUUCGUAUUUAAUAUCGAGUUUUCUUCAGGAACUUGCUCACGAAGAAAGGCGGAGAUUUUCAACACAUGCGAAAAAUGUUGGGAAAGUUUGAAAAUUAUAUGAUGCUCUUUUUAUCUAUUUGGGAUGUUAAUGCAGUUGGAAUUCUUGUACGUAACCAGUAUUUAGACAUUUCUGCGCUGGCUACUUAUGAUAUUAUCGGAUUAAAAGGAUGUGCUAGACUGUGUAUAAAACGCAAGGGACAGUGCGUGUCCUUUAAUUACCAGAAAAAGCACCUGUUAUGUCAUCUACUGGACACCGAUUCCAAAGCUGUUCCAGACAAACUGAAAACCAAAGAGGGGUAUACCUACAGCGAAAUAGACACGUGGACAGAAGAUUUGGGGAUUAGCUGUAAAACUACAACAUGUGGGGUUGGUAAAAUGUGUUUAGAAUUGUCAUCCGGGAAGACAUCCUGUCAGUUUGACCCCACAGGUUGUCCUAAAGGAAAUUUCUUUAAUGGCACCGGCUGUCACCUUUGCCCAACAGGUGAAUACCAACCGGCGAGUGGUCAGUUGAAGUGUUCCGUUUGUCCUGUAGGAGAGGGCUCUACGUGGAAAAUGUCCAAGGUGGACAGGACAAACUGUCAAGGUUGUUGGAGUGAGAUCGGAACAUACACAGAGGGUGAUGAUCCCAACAUGAUCUCGUCACAUACUGUAGCUGAUCGUAAUGAAUGCUUCAGCCUCUGUCAAGCAAACCCCAGCUGUCUGGCAGUGAAGUCCACGCAGUCCAAUACCAAGUGUGCACUCUUCUCCACCAGGACCUGGGAAUAUGGCUACAUCUAUGACUCCGUCGUCAGCCGUGUUCGUGAUCACUGUAGACCCUGAAGUGUUUGAAGCCAUCUUUAAGACAAGAGGCCCAUAGGCCACAUCGCUCACCUUAGUCAUAUUGGCCCAUAUUCAAAGAUUUUCCAUAUAAAUAUAUAUGCACAUGUAAAACUUUGAUCCCUAUUGUGGCCUCAAUUUACCCUCGGGAGGGGGUGCAUGAUGUUUACAAACUUGCAUCUGUACUACGUCAGGAAGCUUUCAAGUAAAUGUAAACUUUUCUGGCCCAGUGGUUCUGGAGAAGAUUUCUAAAGAUUUUAUCUAUAUAUUUGUAUGCAAAUUUUGAUCUCCUAUAGUGGCCACAACCUACCCCUGGGGGCCAUGAUUUUAACAAACUUGAAUAUGCACUAUGUCAGAAAGCUUUAAACUUCUCUGGCCCAGUGGUUCUGGAGAAGAAGAUUUUUAAAGAUUUUCCCUAUAUAUUUGACCCCCCUUUUAUGGCUAAAACAUACCCCGGGUGCCAUUAUUUUAACAAUUUAAAACUUGAAUCUGUACUAUGUCAGGAAGCUUUCGUGUAAAUGUAAACAUUAUGUCAUUUGUUAAGUGUAGUUCAUUUAUCUAUUGAGGUAAAAUUAGGAGGGUGUACAAAAUGUUAAAGAUGAUUUAAAUUGUAAUAACACUAUAAACGAUGUA